UCCGCGAGGCAUGCUUUCAUAGAAUAUGGAUUACAAUUAUAUGAAAUCGCGAAGCAAUGUGUAUAGAAUUCACCAUCCACGCUAUAUUACUAGCUCUAAUAAGUAUCAGCUUAGAACUUCAGGAAAGUUUAGAAGAAACGUACAAUGGAAUAAUUCGUCACUGGAGAAAGUGUUCGACAGAACCUACAAAGAUCACAGAGCACAUAAUAUGAACACACCAGAAGUUAACGAUAAAGAAAACAUUUCAUUCAUAACAGCGAGUGAACAGCUUAGACCAGAUUAUUCAGAUAAACCAUAUACAGCAUUUUCUUUUGAAAAUGACAGACCAAAUGGACAGGUUUUAUUACGAGAUGAAAGUACUGACAAUCCUGGACGUUUUGUUUCGAAGGUUGAGUUUAAUCCUGAUUUUAAACUAACACAGAAGAAAAUAAAUCAUGCAUCAGGACUGGAUAACUACAGAACGACGAUACAUUCUGACGAUCAGGGAGAAAGACUGAAUUACAACCCAAUAGGGGCUCAUCCAACCCAACUUAUACAAUAUGAAGCAGAUGACAAACUCCAAUAUCCUUUUCAAUAUAGUCCGAAAGACAAUGACAAUACAUACGAUGUGGAUAGGAUUCCAACUUCUCAUGUGAACGAAACUCAUAGUUGUCAAAAUAGUCCUUCUAGAGGUUCCAUUCCUACAAAUGUGAACCAUAUUCAAGAAAACAAGCGUUGUUAUAGGAGCACAGAAAAUGAUGAAACUGAUUUCGAAAUGCCAAAGUGGGCAAAAGACUUACUUUCAAGAAAAUCUUCAUUUACUCAACGAUUUCAACAAGUAAAAGAAUCAAUACAGAAAUGGUCUUUACGAAUACGAAGCAAUAGGCCGUCGCGGACGUAUUCACCACGUCACCAGACACCAUCAACGAAUAUACUUGAUGGAACCCAGAUAAAUAUACCAAGGUCAAAUUUAGCUGUCAAAGAAGAUCAAGGAACACACCAAAGAAACAAGACAAAUAAUGUAGUAAUGUGUAUUUUAGGACUAUUCCUGAUAGUUGUAGCAGUUUUCCCCGUUAUAAGUGUCAUUUAUAUAUAUUCAGACAAGUCAGACUACGUAAUGAUCCAAAUCAAGAUGAGUUUUAAUGGCUCAGUGUCCCAAAGUUUUGAUACAGAUUCUUUGAAUCUCAGUAUUUGUCAAGAGAUAAAUUCAGCUUUUACAGCGGAGGACUCUUUCUUUGGCUGUAAUGACACACGUUUUAUAUUUUAUUUGUUGGAAACUGAUUUACUGUUAGUUUUUAAAACUGGCAACUUUCCAGGCGAUACAAUUGUUGUUAAGACAGUUAACAUUCAUUUGAUGGCUAGAUUUGUGGAUUCAAGUUUAUACUAUAUACCAGAUUCAUUUACAAUAAUAAAAUACGAAUUUAUAAAGAAACGAUUACUAGGUAGUCUUAGAUUUAUAAGGACUGCCAAAUGAAGGAAGAAAAUGCGAUCUUUUUGUACAAAGAUGAACUAUUAGGUUU